AUGGGUAGCAGUGCGUCUAGCAGAGCAUGUGCACUUCCCCCUCAUGACAGGCGACGACCUCGAUGGCAUGGUGCUCAAGGCACCCCUCUCUUCAGCAUCAUCCCUAGCUUUAACACUCUUGUUCCCUCUCCACCACUCUCCACCGCUCUCCACCACAGGCGGGCAGCAGUGCGUCAAGCGGAGCACGUGCGCUUCCCCCUCAUGACAGGAGAUGAUUUAGAGGACGUGGUGCUCAAGGCACCUGAAGUGGACAGCCCCGAAUGCCAGGCGCUGGCACUAGCAGUGGCAGCGACGGUGGAGUCUGCCACGUUUGGGAUCGGUGGGAAGCGGUUCUACCUGUCAGCGCGGCACGGGCGGCGGGACGAUGGCACGGAGACUCUUGACAUUCACCUGCACCUGGAGAACAGCCACAGCGUGCAGCCGGAGAUCCAGGUGUGUGCGUGCUGUGCUGUAGGUGCAAGCACAGACCAGUCCCACACCGUGCAGCCGGAGAUCUAG